AUGGCGGCAAGUUUAAAUGAGUUGCUUGAGAAGAGGCGAAUCACCAGAGGUCGCUUCACAAAAUAUAUCACUGUGACAGAUACAGCUGCUAAGGAAGCUGAAACACUUGUCGCUGAUGAUGAAUCCAAUGAAAAAGAUGUGCAUAUAGCGAUACGUACAGCUCUUUCUUCAUUCAAAAGGGUUGAGGAAGUUUAUGGGGAGUUAUCAGGAGUGCAGGAUCAAAUAGAUUAUCAUGCAGACAAUGAUGCUCGCCUAAAAGCGGUGAAAGAUGAUGAUGGUGAGGUGAGAUACCUCAAAGCGUACAAUCAUAUGUGUGCUUCGAUACAAGGGUUAGAGGCAUGUUUAUCACCUGUGCAGGAAGCAAGUGAAGCAUCCGGAAAAUCUGCUAAAUCUGAGUUCAGCCCAGAAAUGUUUGCAGAAAGCUUGUCAAAGGCUCUCGCCGGAGUGAGCACUGGCGUUUCUGAGACACAACUAGAAGAAAUUCUUUCUACGCUGACGCACAAGAAGCGAGUUAUUCAGAUCCCAAAAUUCAAGGGCGAUACUGAGCUAUUUGAUCAAUGGCGAGAUCUUGUGGGUGCAGAGGUUAGAAAACCUGGGUACAGUGACGUCGAGAAGACUCAUGUUGUAAUUUCAUUACUCGAUGGAGAGGUAGCAAAGUUGGUGUCUGGUUUGAAAGACCCAAGCUACGAAGAAAUAAUCGAGUUCUUAGAGAAUCGUUACGGAGAUGUGUUAGCUCGCAUUGAGAAGGCUGUCAAUGAGAUAGCUAGUGUUCCAGUUGUAAAAAGUCCCACAGUUCGAGAGUUGGAUCCUGUGCUGAACACACUGGUGGCAAACUGGAAUUACAUUAAGAAGAGGACACACGAUGACCCAGAGCUCAUCCGAUCUAGUUGGAUUCUCACUGCGUUAGUGAGGAGGAAGAUGCCGAAGAGUUUGGUGAGAAAGUGGGACAGCGAACGAAUCAAGGAAGAAAAGAGAACGACAGCUCCGUCCAACCUUCCAAUUCGAAUUGACGACUUGAUCGAGAAGAUCCAAGAUGCAGUGAAGGUUGCUAGAAGGUCAGAGUCCCUUCCAAACGAUCCAAAAAAGGAAAGAUCAUUUGAAAGGCGUCCAUCUGGCCACGCCUUGAAUGUGAUCCCACAAACACAGGAGAGUACCGAAAGUCGGUGUGUCUUUUGUGAUAAUGCACACCAAUCCUAUUCGUGUCCGUCCGUUUCCAAGAUGCGUGUUGAGGAGAGAUGCGAGCGUGUGAAAGCAGCAAGGGCUUGCUUCAAUUGCUUGUCGAGAUUCCACAUGGUAAAAACAUGUCGAUCUAGGGGAUGCAAAUCGUGUAAGAAGAAUCACCAUACUUUGCUCCACUUCGAGAAAAGAAGUGGAAGUGACAACGCUGCGAGAAGUAAUGUAUCAGGUUCUUCUAACCUUACAUCAAAGGUACCACAUCAGAAAAAAGUUGAAUCGACUGCAGGACUGGUCAAGUCUACUGGUUCAACGAAUGUCGUCAUGCAGAGCGGCAUAGUCAAACUUGAGUCAAAGUCUAGGGUUGCGGAAGGUCGCGUGUUACUGGACACCGGGAGUGGUGUUACGUUCAUUAGCCGUUCAAUGGCAAAAAGAUUGAAUUUGAGAGGCCCCAAGGUUGAAGGUGAGUUCAUCUUGGCAGGUGGAGAGGUGAUGGCUACCACUACUGAGAAGGUCAAGUUCUAUCUAUCGGGAAUUCUUCCUGGCUGGAAGGGAGAAGUUUUCGAAAUUUCUGCGUACAUUUUGGACAAGCCAAGUGCUCCGAUAAAUGCUGUCAACGUGGAUUUCACCAAGAUGAGUCAUUUGAGGGGUCUACAGCUCGCGGAAAGAUUUCCUAUCUAG